AUGCCGCGACCGUCGCGUGAAUCAUAUGGAGAUCAGAAACCGCCGUACUCCUACAUCUCGUUGACGGCCAUGGCUAUAUGGAGUUCGCCGGAACGUAUGUUGCCGUUGUCGGAAAUAUACAGAUUCAUAAUGGACCGCUUCCCGUAUUAUCGACGGAACACACAGCGCUGGCAGAACUCUUUGAGACAUAAUUUGUCAUUUAAUGAUUGUUUCGUCAAAGUGCCGAGGAGACCGGACCGUCCCGGCAAAGGGGCCUACUGGACGUUACAUCCACAGGCCUUUGAUAUGUUCGAGAACGGCUCGCUGCUCCGCCGCCGCAAAAGAUUCAAGUUGCAGAAAGGGGAGAAGGACAACCUGAAUGCGGAGCUAGCAGCGUUGGCCAGUUUUAACAGAGCUUUCCUCGCGCGACAAGCGGGAGCUCCACCACCGCCGCCUCUGCCUACAACCGGCCUGUAUACACCACCAAUGUGUCCUCAGCUGAGUCCGGAGCCGGCUGAAAUACCAGAAGUUGCAUCAGUCACAAUCUUACCACGAGAGCGUCCUCGUCGAGCUUUCACUAUUGAUGCUUUAUUAGAACCAGAGCCUCCACGUUCUUCUCCGUCUCCCCCAGUCCGAUGCUUCCUAUACCAGUUCACAUGCCACGGCUCGAGCUGA